AUGUCACUCCUAGAAUGGAAAGCAGCUCUAUCCAUGUCUCAACGUUAUGAGACAAUCCAAAAUAUACAAACCUCCCUCUCUGCUUCUAGCAUGAGUGAGGCCAUCGCCAUUGAACAGGCCGCCUACCAAAUCUCUUCUACUCAGGAAGAGUAUAAUCUCGCCUGCCAACCGACAUCAACUCCAACACCCCCGCAGCAGGAACAAGAGAGUGAGAUCGACUCUGGCAUUAGGAUUGGGUCAUAUAAAAACUGCCGACCUGUGUCAGAAGGUGUCACUUCAGAAGUUUAUCGGUCAGGCGACAGAGCUCUCAAGGUUAUCGUGACAUACGAAAACAUUGAACCUCAUAAUCCUCAGCGCGAAGCAAAGAUACUCAAGACUCUGCGAUCACCAUGUAUUCCCCUUCUCGACACCUUUCGGGACCAAGAACAGCGAUUCGUUCUCGUCUUUCCCUUCAUGCCAUAUACUCUAGCCGACGUUCUCGCUCAAGGACCUCUACCUCUAGACUCUGCUCGUUCAAUCUUUCGGGACAUCUUGCAAGGUCUGAAAGAUAUACACACACAAGGCAUCAUACAUCGAGACAUCAAACCAUCCGCCAUUCUUCUCUCUUCCCCCACAGGCCCAGCGUAUCUCUCCGACUUUGGAACCGCAUGGCAUCCUGAGCUGUCAAUUACCUCAGAACCAGCAGACAACAAGAUCCUCGACAUUGGAACGGGUCCUUACCGCGCGAUAGAUGUCCUCUUUGGUAACAAAUCGUACGGCCCGGAAGUCGACAUGUGGGGAUUGGGAGUCAUGCUCUCAGAAGUCCUUCGUGAUCCUCCUACCCCUAUAUUUGAGUCUCGUGCCGUUCACGAAGAUGGAAACCAGUUGGGCCUCAUCCUCAGCAUAUUCAAAACCAUUGGAACACCCACUCCCGAGACAUGGCCUGAGGCAAAGGAGUUCAAGGUCGCUCCUUUCGAACUUUGGACAAGUUUCCCCGGUCAAAGUUGGGAGGAGCUCCUGCCCAGCGUGCAUCCCGACUUGAUAGAUCUCGUAUCGUCGCUUGUACGGUAUGAUGGCCAGAGACUCACUUCCACGCAGGCAAGUCCUUUUCUCGAUUUAUCGUAUCAAUAA